CAAAGGCCGUAUGUUUUUUGCAAUUGGAUGCUAGGCAGCAGGGGGCGCUGUUCCCCGUUCCUGGGCAGUGGCACAACCGCCGCUCUAUCAUUUGUUCACUUUCAGUUUCGCUGCCUGACGGGAGAGAGGCUUCCGGGUUGUGGGUAGAGUCGCUGCCGGUGAGUGGGAGGAUGAUUGCCUGGCCUCGCCUUGUGCUUUUUGGAGACUCAAUAACUCAGUUUGCAUUUGAAGCCAACGCAUGGGGAUCAGUGAUUGCUAAUAAACUUAUAAGAAAGUGUGAUGUCAUCAAUAGGGGUCUUUCUGGCUAUAACACGAGAUGGGCUAAGCUCCUCCUACCAAGACUCAUCCCUGACGCUGCUGAGAAACCCGUCGCUAUUACUAUAUUCUUUGGGGCCAAUGACAGUGCUUUAAAAGAAGAAAAUCCCCAGCAACAUGUCCCCCUGGAGGAAUACACUGAGAAUUUAAAGUGCAUGAUCCAGUACCUGAAGAGCAUAAAUGUCCCACAGGAUAGGAUCAUACUGAUCACUCCCCCGCCAAUAUGUGAGCCAGCCUGGGAACAGCAGUGUCUGCUGAAAGGCUGUAAGCUGAACCGCUUGAACAACACUGCUGGUUUGUAUGCCAAAGCCUGUGUAGAAGUUGCCAGUGAAUGUGGAACUGAGGUGGUGGAUUUGUGGAGUCAAAUGCAGGAGGGUGGCAAGGACUAUACAGUUUAUCUCUCAGAUGGGCUGCAUUUAUCCAGUGAGGGUAACCAGUUUGUAGAGUCCAGUCUAUGGCCGAUCCUGGAGAAGAAGCUGUCGGCUCUGCCCUUUAUGCUGCCAUACUGGAACGACGUGGACAAUGCAAACCCAGAGGCCUCUCUCCUGCAGGCGUCUAGUUAACAAACACUCAUCCUUCUACUACUGUGUGGGUCUGGAGAAUGGAUAUUCCCCUAUUUAUAUGCAGCAAACCAAUUUAUUUCUCUAGGACAGAAUAUCUUGUAUAGAACAUUCUUUUCUGUAUAUUUAUAUAAAGGGGUGGGAUUUCUACUACUUAGAGAAGAAUCUAUGGUGCUUGCAGUCAGGGGCAUAGAUUUUAUUAUCUGUAACAGACAGUGAUUAAAGGGACACUGUACCUUCA